AUGCCGGAAUCACCGGCUACGCUUUUAAUCAUACACUUUCUAGACGCUAUUCCUCUUGACACCCUUUCUCAACCCUUAGCUUAUUACGGCGCUUCCUCUGUUGCCCUUGGUUCUCCUUUCACAUUUUCCACUACGUUAGAGAAGGAGUACAAGAGUGACAUCUUUGGAGAGAGAGGAAUUUUACUAGGUGCUAUUCACGGAACUAUUGAGUCCUUUUUUAGAAGAUACACUAGAAAUGGAAUUAGUGAAGAUUUGGCUUAUAAGAACACCGUUGAGUCCAUAACAAGAGUAAUAUCUAAAAACCAUCUCAACUCAGGGCACCGUUGGUUGUAUACAAUCCUUUUAUCCCUUCUUGGAAAUUUUGUAUGA